AUGGCAGAAGAUGAUGACAUUUAUACACAAGAUGGAACCAUUAAUAUCAGAAAAAAGCCUGCCAACAAAAAAAAGACUGGAAAUUGGAAAGCUUGCUGGUUCAUUCUUGGAAAUGAAUGUUGUGAAAGAUUGGCGUACUAUGGAAUGAGUACGAACUUGGUGAACUAUCUUGGAGAGCGUUUCAAUCAGGGAAAUGCAGCCGCUGCUAAAAGUGUCACAACUUGGUCAGGCACAUGCUACGUCACGCCAUUGCUCGGAGCCUUUUUAGCUGAUUCGUACUUGGGAAGAUAUUGGACUAUUGCUAGUUUUUCUGUUAUCUAUGUCACUGGAAUGAUACUUUUAACAUUAUCUGCAUCUGCCCCUGGACUUAAGCCAUCGUGUGAUUCUAACGGUUGCCAUCCAACAUCAGCACAAACUGUGGCAAUGUACAUAGGACUCUACUUGAUAGCUCUUGGAACUGGCGGUAUCAAACCAUGUGUUUCGUCGUUUGGCGCAGACCAAUUUGAUGAAACAGACGAGAAAGAGAGAAAAAGGAAGAGCUCUUUCUUCAACUGGUUUUACUUCUCAAUUAACAUCGGCGCACUCAUAGCUUCAUCGGUAUUAGUUUGGAUACAGAUGAAUGUGGGUUGGGGAUGGGGUUUCGGAGUUCCUGCGGUUGCAAUGGUCCUUGCACUUAUAUUUUUCUUUGCUGGUAGCUAUCUCUAUAGACUUCAAAUACCCGGAGGAAGUCCUCUUACGCGGAUUUGCCAAGUCUUAGUUGCAGCUUCUCGGAAACUUAGGCUUCAAGUUCCAGAUGAUAAGUCUCUUCUUCAUGAGACUAUAGAUGUCGAAUCUGUCAUCAAAGGAAGCCGCAAACUUGAUCAUACAGACAACUUAAGGUGUUUGGAUAAGGCAGCAAUAGAGACGCAAUCAGACCGCACAAAACGUUUGACAAAUCCUUGGAGGCUUUGUACCGUAACACAAGUUGAGGAACUCAAAUCCAUAAUUUGUUUACUCCCAGUUUGGGCAACUCUAAUCGCCUUUGCAACCGUAUACAGUCAAAUGAACACCAUGUUUGUUUUACAAGGAAACACAAUGGACCAGCGCAUCGGCCCUCACUUCAAAAUCCCAUCAGCUUCCCUCUCCCUUUUCGACACUCUAAGUGUCAUCUUCUGGGCUCCGGUUUACGACCGCGUCAUCGUCCCGUUUGCAAGAAAGUUCACCGGCCACGAACAAGGCUUCACACAACUCCAAAGAAUGGGAAUCGGUCUCGUCAUUUCAAUUUUUUCAAUGAUCAUUGCCGGUAUUCUAGAGGUCGCUCGCCUCAACACGAUCAGGAAGAACAACUACUACGAUCUCAAGACUAUCCCCAUGUCGAUUUUCUGGCAAGUACCGCAAUAUUUUCUAGUCGGAUGUGCAGAAGUUUUUACCAACAUUGGUCAGUUAGAGUUCUUUUAUGGUCAAGCACCUGAUGCUAUGAGAAGCUUAGGUGUUGCUCUUUCACUCACAACCAAUGCAUUGGGAAAUUACAUUAGUACUUUGCUUGUUACUAUAGUAACAAAAGUUACCACAAGACAUGGUAAGAUUGGUUGGAUACCGGAUAAUCUGAAUAGAGGUCAUCUUGAUUAUUUUUACUGGCUUUUGUCUGUUCUUAGCUUUCUCAACUUCCUUGUUUAUCUAUGGAUUGCAAAGAGGUACAAGUAUAAGAAGGUGGCUGGAAAUGCUCCUUGA